GGCUCAAAAAUCACAAAAAGGGUUAUUGAAUAAAGAAAAGUUUUAAUAAUCUGUUCAAUAUUAUUCCUCCUCCAUAAUACCAAGAGAAUCAAUUGAGGAGCAAAUCAGCAAUAUAUCAAUGGAACCUCAUGGGGAAGAAUUUGCAGUUGGCUGCAUACUAUCCAUUAAAACCACUCUUGAAGAAGAAUUCCAAGCGCAAGUCAUCGCCUUUGACCGCCCCUCAAACCUCCUCAUCCUUCAAGAGGGAGUGAAAUCUGGGCCAGUUUCAAAGAGGAAUAUAAGAUUACUCAAGGCUAAUUAUGUGAAGGAAUUCAAUUUUUUGGGUCGAGGUGAGGAUCCUCUUGAUCCCGAUAAGUGUUUUCUUGAUCUCAAUACCCUUCAAGCCCGUGAGGACUCAGCUAUUAGACAAGCGGAGGCAGAGGCAGAUAGGAUUGGAGUGGGUGUUACUGCUGAGGGUCAGAAUAUUUUUGAUGCUCUGUCUAAAACGCUUCCCGUUUGUUGGGACAAGACCACCAUAGUUGUGAUGAAUGAAGUGCGCCUUAGCCCUCCAUAUCUUCCUGAAUCUGUUACUGGAGGAACUCCUCCUGCCAAUGAACGUGUUCGGAAAGUGCUUGAGCUCGAAAGGAAGAGGUUGCAAGCUCGUAAUGCUGGUGAGUGAUGAUUUGAAGAGGAAAACCUUAAAAAGUAUGAUAAACAAUGGAUUUAAGUUGUAGUUAACUUCACUGGGGAAGUCAAUUCUAGCAAUUUUAAAGAUUCAAAUGUGAGGACAUUGAAGUUUUGAGAAUUUUUCAAAGUAUCUUGAUAAUUUUCUAUUUUCUGAUAUACUGAUUGUGGUACAAUAUUAAGUCAUCAGAAAUUAGAGCUCUAAAAUGGACCGAGUUAAGUUGGCUCGA